AUGCGCUCCACCAUCUUCAGCGUUGUCGCAAUGGCGGCCUACGUCUCCGCCGACGGCCCCGUCUCUCAGAUUGCCGACGGACAAAUCCAGGUCCCAGCGUUCUACUCUGGCCCAAUGGCCCCCCCAGCCCCACCAGCGUACGCAACGCCCGCGCCGCCCGCGCCCGUUGUUGAGACUACCCCAGCGGUGGAGGCUCCACCUGCCGUUGAGACCCAUCCCGUCGAGGCUCCGCCAGCCGUCGAGACCACUCCCGUCGAGGCUCCCCCCGCCGUGGAGACCCACCCAGUCGAGGCUCCGCCCGCCGUGGAGACCACUCCAGCCGUGGAAACCCACCCAGUCGAGGCUACCACUGUACCCGCCUAUGUCCCGGCGGAGUCCACCACCUCGGUCGCCAUCGUGCCUGUCCCCACCCCAUCUUCGGUCUACUCAAACGCCACCAGCGCGCCAGUCGUGCCCAUCACCACCGCUGUGACUGCCAACGCGACCGUCCCAUACCCCACUACCGCUGGAAACAGCACUUCUGCCAAGACCACACUCACUUCCACCACCGCCGAAUCUUCCGAGACUGGUGCUGCCUCUCCAUCCGAGCCUAUCCCCGCUGGUGGCGCCGCCAGCUCUCUCAAGAUCGCUGCCGCUGGCUUCGCCUUGGUCGCCGGUCUCUCCGUCUUCUUGGCCUAG